AAACUUCACCUGGAAUGGCACCUGCCACAACAGGUGCGGCGAUGACAGGUUGGCUGGUGGCUGCAGGUGUGAUGUGGCCUGCACUUCUGACACCUGUUGCAGUGACUACGUGAGUGCGUGCUUUUCAUGCGAGAACCGAUGCACGCAAUCCGUGCGUGUCGGCGCUCCGUGUCAGUGCGAUUCAAGAUGCGGUGGCAGUCUUCGUGCACCUGACUGCUGCACGGACUACACAGCUGCAUGCACAGGUAGACAGAAAACUGUCAGCUUUGUGUCUGACGGUGACAUCAGGCAGUUGACGGAGGAACUAGCAGACUUAGAUGUCAACAACGUCGCCAAGUUCAUCACAGUCAACAUCCAGCGUCGAACUACGAUGCACGACCGAGAUGAUGUCUCUGCUUUACCACUUUUCAACUAUGUUGCUUCUGAUGCUUUUAAGCCCGAAACCAUCAGACGCUUCGAGGCCCUGACGGACAAUUAUUUUUUGGAGGUAACAGAAGAAGAAGACGCCGUGCUGGAGGAACAGGCUGAAGUGACAGCUUUUUUGGACGCUGUUGUCAACACCUCCGUGAUGGAAGCUCUGGAGCGGUUCCUGGUCGAUCGCGAUCUGAUCAAUGGAACGCUGCGUAGCAACUUGGAGCGCAUUUGGUUCACCGUUUACUCUAGAUAUGGAACUGUCCUCGGCACGUCCGGUUUUGAACACGUUUUCAUUGGUGAGCUCGACGCUGGGACGGUAGGAGGCUUCCACAACUGGAUUGUCUUCUACCGAGAAGAGCAGAACGGCAGGGUCGACUAUCAGGGCAACAUACACUUGGCUAAUCUCUCCUCUUCGGGUUAUGUACUGACAAAUCGUUUCACUUGGCACAACACAAGUAAGCCUAUCGGUGGCGGAUUUUUUGGACCGUCUCCCGAAUUUGAACUAGCGAUAUUCAGCCUAUGUUUCUUCGUGCGGCCAAAUACGUUGUGUCCCGUUCAAAUUAACGGAGUUCAGCUCGACAUUCAAACUUACAACUACUAUGGCAAACAAUUGGUUGGAACUGCAUAUCCCAUCGUGACACAAAAUAUGAACAAUUGAACUUCAAGGUUGGAAUUUAACCGGCACUAAAAAAAAAGAUUAAAAUUCGAUCGCUCCUCCUGCAAGUUAUUGGUUAAUCCUAUCCUUCGCUUCCAAUGCAGUUUACAAGCUACCAGCAGAAGAAUAUUUAGAGGGCGAAUGAAGCAGUGAAGCUGCGCACCACCGGACCGAUCGUGAAGCUGCGCACCACCGGACCGAUCGUGAAGCUGCGCACCACCGAACUGAUCGUGAAGCAGGGCACCACCGGGCUGAGUGCUACCUUUUUGAACAGUUAAUUAUCACCAGAAAUUACCAAUUAAUGAAGGGACGUGCACACUCGGCGAGGGUAGUGCGGGGAGGCGCUAUUACAUUCGAAGACUUCGCUGAACUCCGGCAGUUGUGCCAAAACUGCGCUCAACCUGUAAUAAAAAUGUCUCUUAAAAGAGUACUAUUAACAAGUAGUGAAUAAAAAUUCUAUAUACGCUAAAUCAUGUUCGGUAUUUGUAACACGAUUCAUGUUCUAACGCGAUUUAUAAGUUAAUUUCAAAUGAAAUAUCCAUCUCACCUGGGAUGUCCUAGAAGCGACAAAUUACAUGUUCUUUCAAUAUCUUCCCUUUGUGUGGUUGUAUUCGUGCACAGACUCUGUAAAAAAAUAAAAUACUGUAUUUUAAAGCUCAAUAUUUUCACAGGCACUAAUCAGCGGUUCAGCUUACGAACCUAGACACCAAAUUGGGGGAUAAGAAUUUUACAGCAAAUCAAUAUUUUCAUUGAAUACUGAUGUAUAAUCAAUAACGUAUACAAAUGUAUAUUGAAUGUAGUGAAUUCUAAUGUAUUUAAAAUAAAGUUUAUUCUUACCCCCGCGUAAGACAAGAAGAAAAUAUGUGUGGUAUUUAGACGCUCAAAACUCGCGGCUUGAGGCUGGGGUUCACGCUUCAUCAGCGACAAGUACGCCUGUACAAUAGAAAUAAGUUCCAUGACAAUUUAAGAUCCGGGUUCCAUAUUAAUGGUAGCAGUGGAUUACCACUGCAAUGGAUUAUUAAUGAUAGCAGUUCAUAUAUCUUAUGUAUUGCAAAAAUGUAACUCUUUCGUUUUUAACAUCACAAAUUAGAAUUUUUGAUGAAGUCAAAAAUUAAGCUUUAGCUUUUACCGUAUAGAAGCUUCCAGUAUUAAAA